AUGCCCGCUGCUGUUCCCCCCAUCGUCGGCACUCUCCGCCGUGGUCUCGUUCUGGAUGUCGCCAGUGCUAUCGGUUUUGGUACCACUGCUGGCUACGUCUGGUGGUACGGCUUCCACCUCCGCCGCGUCCGUGAGCGUGAUGUCUUCUACUCUCGCCUCGAGGCCCAGCGCGACGCCGAGCGCGCAUAA